AUGUCUGACAUCGCAGCACUAGUUCGUGGCGCUGCUGACGGGCGCCUUAUCAUUACUGAAAUUCCUUCCAAAGGCAAUCAUCAGAUACCAUUGAGGGCUGGGCCUAAGCCUCUGACACGUAGCCUUAGAGUUAGCGGCGAACGACUCUUCGUCAUCGCCCAGUUACUAUAUCACCGCCGGCCUCUCCAAAUUCACAAGUUAAGACAUAUUAUGGCUCCUAGACGUCUGAUCAACGAAAAGAAUAUCGCAGAACUACGACAACUGCUAAAGGAUACGGAUGCGCAACUGGUGACCCCGGACGAACAGGAACCAUACAACACUUCCAUUCGCCGCUGGUCCCGCGCCGCGGAAAAGCCUGCAGGAGCGUGUCUAAUACCCAAAUCUAAUGAAGCAAUUUCAAUCACUGUCAAGUAUGCGACGCAGCAUAAUCUAGACAUCGCCGUCAAAGGAGGCGGGCAUUCCACUGCUGGCGCUUCCUCUACGGACGGCGGUCUGCUUAUUGAUCUAAACACGCAUAUGCGCACCACGGAGGUCGAUGUCGAGAAAAAGACUAUCAGAGUUGGUGGAGGUGCCGUAUGGGGCGAGGUUGACGCAGCGCUCGCUCCACAUGGUCUCGCAGCUGUAGGCGGUACGGUAGCUGACACGGGCGUUGGAGGCCUCACCCUCGGCGGCGGCUUCGGAUUUUUGACCGUCAAGCACGGUCUAGUAGCCGACAAUCUGCUAGAAUGCACUGUGGUGCUGGCCGAUGGCCGCAUUGUGAAGAGCUCAGCAUCCGAAAACACAGACCUGUUCUGGGCCCUUCGCGGCGCAGGCCAAAACUUUGGCGUUGUAACGGAGUUUCUGUUCCGCGCCCAUGAGCAAGGCGAUAUGUGGGCUGGCUUCAUGAUGUUUCCACCCACCCCUGAAAUUAUCAGUAAGGCGGUCGAAGCGUGCAACUCCAUCUUCAAGCCUGACGCGACCGGAAAUUCGAAAGCAACAGGCAAAUUGGUAAGUCUUAUUGGCAUAGUCAAACCACCCCCAAGCGGUCAAACCGUGCUUCUCGUCGCCGCUGCCUUCCAUGGCACAGAAGACGAAGGCAAAGAGCUAUUCAAAGAUGUCCUUGCCCUCGAACCAGUCAUAAACACCAUGGCUAUGAUAAGCUACGAGAAAGCAAACAAACUCAUGGCACCUCCCAUCGGCGCGCGCGUCAGCCUCAAGGGAUCGAGUUUCGAGCUACCCAUCCGACCCGACUUCGUCGUCUCGAUUCUCGAAGCAUACACGAAAUUCACGGACGAGGUGUCUGACGCCUUGGGCUCACAGGUCAUGUGGGAGUUACUUGAUCCGACUAAAAUCAUUGAAGUGUCCAACUCGAGCAUGGCAUUUGCCAAUCGAGGGCGGCAUUUCAAUGCCGCGAUUGCGCCAUUGUGGUGGGAUGCGGCGAAUGACGAAGUGUGUCGGCAGUGGAGUAGGGAUGUUGCGCUGUUGUUCAAGACGGAGCUUGAGCGUGAUGGUGCCGAGACAGGUGGGAGCGGAGACGGAUGGAUUGGGAAGAGGGGUGAGCAUGGAGCGACUAUGGUGUAUGGAAAUUAUGACCAGUACGAAGAGCGGUCGAAAGAUGUAUUCGGGGCCAACCACGAGCGUCUGCAGGAGUUGAAGGCAAAAUACGACCCGGAAAACCUGUUCAACAAGCUGUUUGCUAUUACACCGAAAGCGCAGGGUACUCCUUAGGGGUGGGGAUGGCAGAGAGGCGAGAUAGUCAUUUUCAACUUUCCAUGACACGAAUCAUCAAGUCUGACGUCAGCUUCCUCUUUCCUGAGCUUCCCGUGCCCAACUGUGUGAAUCAAUACGCACCGCCCUCGUCUGUUGCAUACAUUUCCAUGUCAUCAUCAGCAUCAUCUUUCUUUUUGCUGGCCCCUUGCUUACCUGCGAGCGACCCAUGACUUUGAUAGUCAUAGUGCUAAGAAGAGACGUAAGCAACCGAAAUCAAUAGUCUUCCA